UAGGGGGCUACUUACGUUACAUAUAAUAGAAAUAAUUACCGUUCUAUAUUGUUAAAUAAGUAACUCCAUAUCAUUUUAUUAUUUGACUUUAAGACAUUCAAUAUUAAAAUCUAUAAAUGUUAGACUUUGAUAUUGGCUGUACAUUACGACAAAGAAAAAAACAAUCAAAGAAAAAUAACAUACACAACCGUGGGUUGAUAAUCUAUUGAUUUUGAAUAAAUAUUAUUUUCCUAUUCUCGCUGAUAAAAGAAGGAUUUUAGGAGUUUAAAGUAUGGCUGCCGUAACCAAAAAUCCGGUGUCCAAGGACGGGAUUACCGUUAUUAUCGCCAUGGAUGGCAGCGAGUUUGCCGAUUACGCUUUGAAAUUUUAUGUAGACUGUCUUCACAGACCAGGCAACCAUAUUAUAUGUGCUCAUAAAUCAGAAUUCACGUGCAUUACAGACCCAAUUACGGGCAAUAUAUCUGAUGCUGUUGCUGAGAUGGCUAAAGAACUUAAAGACAUUGAAGAGAAAUCAGCUGAGUUUGUUGUCAAUGUCGCCCAGAAGAUGAAAGAGCUAGGGGUGCAUGGCACGACUGAACGUGUUCGUGGUGAUAUUGGACCUGCUAUUAUAAAUUUGGCCAAAGAAAAGAACGCCAGCUAUAUUGUCGUAGGAUGUAGAGGUAAAGGUAAAACGCGCAAAACGUUCACCGGAAGUGUCACUGAUUACAUAUCCCAUCAUUCCCAUAUACCGGUCCUGGUUGUGAGGAAUGAAGAACACUUGGAACAGCUUCAUGACAACGCGCAUGCGCACUUGAAACACGUAAAGAAACAUGCGAAGAAACAAGACACGCAUACAGGACACCCAACAAAAGCUAGUCAUGAAGGUUCACCUCCAACUAAACACAAAUCAACAAAAUGAAAUAAUGCGGCUUUCCACCUUAGACAUUGAUUUUACACAGUUUACGGCUAUAUUUUUUACUUUGUUUCAAAUGUAUGUUUAACAUGUCUUAAAGAUCGUUUAUAGAGUCUUUAACAGUUUAGAGUUUUAUUAAUUUUUAUAGUACAUGUCAUGUAUAUUAUAAAAAUAUACAUCUAGUUGUAUACA